UCACUGCGACCCAAAAUGGUCGUCGUCUCGGACAGUCAUGUCCGUAUGCCCAGAUACGGUGGGAGCGUGAAACGUAAAACGCUAAAUGUGCGCGUUACAACAAUGGACGCCGAACUGGAGUUCGCCAUCCAGUCGACAACAACGGGCAAACAAUUGUUCGAUCAGGUGGUCAAGACAAUCGGAUUGCGUGAGGUUUGGUUCUUUGGUCUGCAGUAUACCGACUCAAAGGGUGAUUCCACAUGGAUCAAGCUAUACAAAAAGGUUAUGAAUCAGGAUGUGAAAAAGGAGAAUCCCUUGCAAUUCAGAUUCCGUGCCAAGUUCUAUCCGGAAGAUGUGGCCGAAGAGUUGAUACAGGAUAUCACACUUCGUUUAUUCUAUUUGCAAGUAAAGAAUGCCAUAUUAACGGACGAAAUCUAUUGUCCACCCGAGACAUCGGUACUGUUGGCCUCAUACGCCGUCCAGGCUCGUCACGGUGAUCACAAUAAGACGACUCACACAGCCGGAUUUUUGGCAAACGAUCGCCUAUUGCCACAACGUGUCAUCGAUCAGCACAAGAUGUCCAAGGAUGAAUGGGAACAGUCGAUAAUGACCUGGUGGCAGGAGCAUCGCAGCAUGUUGCGCGAGGAUGCCAUGAUGGAAUAUCUAAAAAUCGCCCAAGAUCUGGAAAUGUAUGGUGUUAACUAUUUUGAAAUUCGCAACAAGAAGGGCACCGACCUCUGGCUGGGCGUUGACGCAUUGGGUUUGAAUAUCUAUGAACAGGACGAUCGUCUAACGCCGAAAAUUGGUUUCCCUUGGUCGGAAAUUCGCAAUAUUUCGUUCUCCGAGAAGAAGUUCAUUAUCAAGCCCAUCGACAAGAAGGCUCCCGAUUUCAUGUUCUUUGCACCACGUGUUCGCAUCAAUAAACGCAUCUUGGCCCUUUGCAUGGGUAACCAUGAGCUGUAUAUGCGUCGUCGCAAGCCCGACACAAUCGAUGUGCAGCAGAUGAAGGCGCAGGCGCGCGAGGAGAAGAAUGCUAAACAGCAAGAGCGUGAGAAACUGCAGCUGGCGCUGGCCGCUCGCGAACGUGCCGAAAAGAAGCAGCAGGAAUAUGAGGACCGUUUGAAGCAAAUGCAAGAGGAAAUGGAACGCUCGCAGCGUGAUCUGUUUGAGGCCCAGGAGAUGAUACGCCGACUGGAGGAGCAACUUAAACAACUGCAGGCCGCCAAGGAUGAGCUCGAGUUGCGUCAAAAGGAAUUGCAGGCCAUGUUGCAGCGUCUCGAAGAGGCCAAAAACAUGGAGGCUGCUGAGAAGAUCAAACUUGAGGAAGAGAUCAUGGCCAAGCAGUUGGAAGUGCAGCGCAUUCAGGAUGAGGUCAACGCCAAGGAUGAGGAGACAAAACGUCUGCAAGACGAGGUCGAAGAAGCAAGAACCAAGCAGGCUGAAGCGGCUGCUGCUUUGCUUGCCGCUUCCACUACGCCCCAACAUCAUCAUGUUGCCGAGGAUGAAAACGAAAAUGAAGAGGAGCUGACGAACGGCGAUGCAGGCGGCGAUGUUAGCCGCGAUCUGGACACUGAUGAGCAUAUCAAGGAUCCCAUCGAGGAUAGACGCACGCUGGCCGAGCGUAAUGAACGCUUACAUGAUCAGCUGAAGGCCCUGAAACAAGAUCUGGCGCAAUCACGGGACGAAACGAAAGAGACGGCAAACGAUAAGAUUCAUCGCGAGAAUGUUCGUCAGGGUCGUGACAAGUACAAGACGCUGCGUGAGAUCCGUAAGGGCAACACAAAGCGUCGUGUGGACCAAUUUGAAAAUAUGUAAAGAAAUCAGCCAGCUGCAAAUGCCGCCACGUCCCAAAAAAAAAAAAGAAAAACAAAACAAUAAGAAGAUAAAGUAAAAAAAUAAAGUGGAAAGAAAAAGAAAAGAAAGAGAAACAAUAAAAAAAAUAUGAGAAAAUCAAUUAUUCCCGUCGACGCCGACAAAAAACCCCCAAAAACAACAACUAACACACAUACCUCUAUAUACACACACACACAGACACUUAAUUCGCCUCCUGUGCUCCUCCAGCACCCGAGAAAACAAAUGCUCUUCCUUUUGACUUAACAAAGACAAAAAACACUUGUCGGGCCUGUAUAGAGCAAUGCAUGAGAAUCAGAGAUGUUAAGAGAAUACACGAAGAAAGGAAUAUGAAAGACACACCUACAUACACACAUUCACACACUCAAUUACCCCGAUUGGGGGCUAAUUUUUUCUUGGGCGUCCCUUAUAGUAUAUAAACGACAAUCAAUUUAAAUGAAAUCAAAUCAAAUCAAUCUAAAUCGCUUCUAGCGAUUCUGAUGACAGAAUUGCUUUUCCCACAACCAACACUUCCCCUUUCAAUUCCCCCUUUCUCCAUUUCUUUGUCGUUUUGCGUGCAUCGAAAUGAAAGAGAGAUACAAAAGCCGAAAAGUACAGUACAGAUACAGUUACAGCUACGGAUAUGGAUAAAACUAA